ACCCACCCCAGUGCUGUGACAAGCUGGGCUGGCACAGGAGGGUGCUCUCACAGCAAAGUGGGGUCAGUGUGGCUGUACUGGGAUGGGAGGGUGGCAGCCACAGCCUCCCCGUGCCGGGGGUCUGGAUGCGCUGCAGUGAAGUGUUUGCCUUCCUCCAGGAUGGGGAGUGGUGGGGAUGGCUGUUCCUGGACUAAGCAAAGCCCCCAGGAGCCCCACAGCUCCGAGCAGGGGGCAGCACCUGGGCAGGCAGCGUGAGGGCUGCCCGCAGCAAGUUACUUCCCUAAAAAUGAUGUAUGCAAAUCCUUGUGCAAGUGAAGCACUCGGGUUUUCUCUUUACUUCUCCUGGGGGCACAGAACCGGGUGGGAAGUGAUAAUGCUCUGGUCCCAUCCUGUACCCCAUCCUUGCUUCUCUCGUCCCGCGGCGGGUGAAGGAAUGGCUCCCUGUCCCGAGCAGCCCUGGUCGGGGCUGAGGACCGGGAUGUCACUGAGGGCUGGGACAGGGAGUGUCGUACCGGAGAGGGGCGGAGCCACACCGGGUGAGGCGGAGCCACACCGGGACAGGGAGCAACACCCACCGAGCUCGAUGUGGUGGCAGCAGCAGUGGAUUUGGCUUUGGGACGGGGACCGGGACCCGUGACAGCAGCCAAGGUGAGAGAAGAGCCCCCAGGGCAGCGAGGUCAGUGGGACUCAGAGCCCCCGGUAAAGGGCUGCCCUUCGCCAUCCCUGCCUGAGACAGCAGAGCUGCAGCAGUGGUGCCCUGUGCUGGAUUCGGCCCCUGUCCUGUCCCUGCUAGGUGUGGUGGCACCUGGAUGGGAACCGAAGUCUGGGGAUGGUAGGGGGGCAAUGCCAAUGAAAUGGAUGCUGGGGUGCAGGGAAGGAGGAGGUGAUGCCGUGGUGUCGCUUCCUGUCCCCACAUUUGGGCUCAGCCACAGGAGCUGCAGAACAUGAGGUGCACCAGGGGAUCCCCAAUGCUACCAGGUCACUGCAUGGGACAGUGCCUCAAGACGUGGAGAGUUGGUGACUGUGAGGUGCUCAGACACUUCUGCUCUGCUGGAGAGCACGGUGGGCAAAGGCUCUGGCUUGCUGUGAAGGACCAGGAGUGAUGGUGACGCGGCUGGGAGGUGGCAGUGAUAGUCUCUCAAGGACCAUGGGACUGAGGAUGGGUUGCAUGAAGUCAAAGGAAGACAGCAUCCAAGAGAAGAUGCAGUUAGGCCACGAUAAGAAGGACCCCGCGUCUGGCAGCAAGCAACACGAUGAACACGGAGUGUCUGCGCCCCUGCUGGCGGAUGGCUCAGGGGACAACGUGGUGCUGGCACUGUAUGACUAUGAGGCGAUGCACUCUGGGGACCUGAGCUUCCAGAAAGGGGAGCAGCUGCAGGUCCUGGAGCAGCUGGGAGAGUGGUGGCAGGCACGGUCACUGGUGACAGGGCGCAAGGGCUUCAUCCCCAGCAACUUCGUCGCCCAAGCUGACUCACUGGAGGUGGAAGAGUGGUUCUUCAAGGGUGUCAGCAGGAAGGAUGCAGAGCGGCAGCUGCUCAGCCCCGGGAACACAUUGGGAUCCUUCAUGAUUCGGGACAGUGAGACGACCAAAGGUUGCUACUCCUUGUCGGUGCGGGAUGGGGACGGCCUGCAGGGAGGCAGCAUCAAGCACUACAGGAUCCGGACACUGGAUAGUGGUGGCUUCUACAUCUCCUCACGCAGCAGUUUUGACACACUGCAGGAGCUGGUGGAGCACUACAAGGGGCAGAGUGAUGGGCUGUGCCAGAGGCUCACCUACCCCUGCAGUGUGCCCAGACCCCAGAAGCCCUGGGAGAAAGAUGCCUGGGAAAUUCCUCGGGAGUCACUGAAGCUGGAGAAGAAGCUGGGAGCCGGGCAGUUUGGAGAAGUGUGGAUGGCAACCUACAACAAGCACACCAAGGUGGCAGUGAAGACAAUGAAACCUGGCAGCAUGUCUGUGAGUGCCUUCCUGGAGGAGGCAAACCUCAUGAAGGGCCUGCAGCACAACAAGCUGGUGAGGCUGCACGCUGUGAUCACCAGGGAGGAGCCCAUAUACAUCAUCACCGAGUUCAUGGAGAAAGGGAGCCUGCUGGACUUCCUGAAGAGUGAGGAAGGCAACAAGCAGCCACUGCCAAAGCUGAUCGACUUCUCUGCACAGAUUGCAGAAGGAAUGGCUUUUAUUGAGAAGAGGAACUACAUUCACAGAGACUUGAGAGCUGCCAACAUUCUCGUGUCAGCGAUGCUGGUAUGCAAGAUUGCAGACUUUGGGCUGGCCAGGAUCAUUGAAGACAAUGAGUACGUAGCUCGGGAAGGUGCCAAAUUUCCCAUUAAAUGGACUGCGCCAGAAGCAAUCAACUAUGGAUCUUUCACUAUAAAAUCUGAUGUCUGGUCCUUUGGGAUCCUCCUGACUGAGAUCAUUACCUAUGGGCGCAUCCCAUACCCAGGGAUGUCGAGCGCGGAGGUGAUCAGAGCUCUGGAGCACGGCUACCGCAUGCCCCGUACGGAAAGCUGUCCUGAGGAGCUCUACGAUGUCAUGAUGAGAUGCUGGAAAACCAAACCAGAGGACCGUCCCACCUUUGAGUACAUGCAGAGCAUUUUGGAGGAUUUCUUUACUGCGACAGAGGGCCAGUACCAGCAGCAGGCAUAGAGCAGAAAGCGCGGUGAAGGCAGCGGAGAGCACUGUGCACUCCAUCCCAGCAGCACCUCCCUGUCCCACUUGUGGUGUUCAGUGUGUGCCUUCCUCAUCUGCCAGCCUGGUACAGAAAACGAUGGCUUCCAGUUGCGGCCUGGCGGGGCAAAAGUGGAGCAGUUCAUUUGAGCCUCUGGGUACAGCAACUGCAGCACUUCAUCUCAUCCCUGCCCCGGGGCCCUGCAGAGGUGUCACAUGAACCACAGCUCCCUUUGGGUGUCCCACACACUUCUUGUGGUGCUUCAUCUGCUGAGGAUGAGGAACGCACACACAAUGGGGCUGAUUGCACCUCAGUGAUAUCAUACAAUCACAGAACCACAGAACAUGGUGGGAUGGAAGGGACCCAAGAGGAUCACUGAGCCUCUCUGGGACCAUCAGCAUGAUGGCUGCCAUCAGCAGCACUGCAGGGCUUUGCACGACGAGCAACGAAUGUUCCUUACGCACUCAGUUUGUCCUUCUGGUUUUCUUAGUAUUUAAUGAUGUGGCAUCUGGGGAAGAAGAGAGGGAGAAUUAUUUUUGUACAGAAUUUUUGUCCCCUACUUCUUACAACAGAGAGACAGCGAUUUUUGUUUUCUCCUCACAUAAACAAACACCGCUGUCUGCUGGCUUUAA